AUGUCUAAAGCCAGUUCGAUAGCUUCGACGGUCGAAAGCGAAUAUCAGGGAAACGGCUUAGUGGCUGAGGGCUCCCCAUUCGGACUCGAGAAAAUAUACGACUAUGAGGAAGGAGGUCACCACCCCGUCCAUUUGGGCGAUAUUCUACACUCUCGCUACAAGGUAAUCCAUAAACUGGGAACCGGCGGUUACGCAAACGUGUGGCUCUGCCGCGACAACUCCAGUGAUACGCCUAAAUAUGUAGCUCUGAAGAUCAUAAUAGGAGAACAACCCACCAAGGACUGUCCUGAGCUGCGAGUAAACAAACUCCUAGGUUGUGGAUUAGAUGAACUUCAAAGUCCGGACUGUUUCUGUCUUCCAUUAGACUAG